ACAGCAGGAGGAACAGAAGCAUCACAAAGGCCUCGUCAGCUGGAGCUCAAAGCCACCAUGAGGUCUCAGGAGAACGGAACAGGAGGAGAGGAACCAUUAACAGAGACCAGAACUGUAAAAGAAGAGCAGACGAUACAGAAAAACAUCCAGGAGGAGCCACAGAAGCAUGGAGAUCCGGAUGAGAGAGAGGAAGAGCCUCCAGGCGAGGAUGAUGUGGUGUGUGACUCGUGCAUUGAGAGCCCACGCCGGGCGAAGAAGUCGUGCCUGACCUGCCUGGUGUCGUACUGCGAGGCCCACCUGAGGCCCCACCUGGAGAACGUGAAGUUCCAGAGCCACAGGCUGGUGGAGCCUCUGAGGGACGUAGAGACUCGCAUGUGUGAAACUCACGACUCCCAACUCGAGCUCUACUGCUGCGUGGACGCCUGCUGUGUGUGUCCGGAGUGUGUAUCAGGGGGACACCAAGGACACGACACACUGCCCAUCGCAAAUGCACGCCGCAAGAUCGAGAAAGAGCUCCAGGAGAAGCAGAUCGAGGUGACAAAGACAGUAACAGCAGCAGAAAACGCUGCCAACAAUCUACAGAGCAACAUUCUGGCUGUAGAGGCGUGUGUUCAGGACGUCUGCGCUGUGCUGCAGCAGCAGUUCUCCACCCUGCAGGCGGCUGUGGAGCAGGUCCGAGCUGAGCUGUACGAGGCGCUGGAGGCCGAGCAGCAGCACGCGGUCGCCCAGGCCCACGGCGUCCGGCAGCACCUGGAGCAGCGCUGCACUGAGCUGAAGAAAACACACACACACCUGGAGAAAAUCACCAAGAACAAGAACGACGUAGACUUCCUCCAGGAGUACUCUCAGUGGAAGAAGAGCAGCCGUGACAUGUGUGUGCCAGCAGUGUCCAUCAGCCUGACGGACCACCUGCAGUCCUUCAGCCGCAUCAUCACAGACACCACCCAGCAGCUGUGUGACAGCGUGCUCACCUCCUACCGCGGCACUCUCAAACAGGCCUGCUUAAACGAUAAACCAGCGGUCCAGCCCACAUGUCAGGAUAUCAGAGCCGUGAAGCAGAACAUAAGCCUGCCAGAGCCGAAGAGCAGAGAGGACUUCCUCCAGUACGCCGCCCCGCUGACGUUCGACUCCAGCACGGCGCAUCAGUUCCUGCGUCUGACGGAGGACGGGAGGAAGGUGACCAACACCACGCCGUGGCAUCACGGCUACCAGGAGCGUCCAGAGCGGUUUCUGCACUGGAAGCAGGUGCUGGCCGCGCAGAGCUUCUACCAGGGCCGGCAUUACUUUGAGGUGGACAUUAGCGGCGAAGGCGUUCAUGUUGGCGUGGCUGGCGAGAGCAUCGUGCGUCAGAGUGCUAACAAUGAUGGCUGCCUGAUGGGGCACAGCGCCUCCUGGUGUCUGCAGUGGAACGGCCGGGGGUUCUCCGCCUGGCACGAGGGACAGGAGACGCCCAUCAGCGCCCCCAAGUCCACCCGGCUGGGCGUCUAUCUGGAUUUUGCCCGCCGUUCUCUGGCCUUCUAUGCCGUGAACGGAGGAGUGACUCUGCUGCACCAGUACCAGGCCGAGCUGAAGGAGCCGCUGUACCCCGCCUGCUGGCUGCCCAAGAAGGAGAACGUGGUGCUGCUGGUGGUGCCGGGGCAAGAGAUGCCGCUGAAAAGCCCCUCUCCACCCUGCUCUCCGCCAUAAAGAGCUCACCUUUAUUGCUGUAGCAAUAUGAGGGUGGACGGUGUGAAGAUACGGCAUCACUAUUAUGAUGAAUUGCAUCACAAUACGCCUUUGUGAACGUAUGAAAGGUAUCGUCAAUAUUAUAGAUCACCGAACAACUGCACAAACGCAUAUUAAGACGUAGGGAUGUCAGCACAUUAUGCUAAUAAUUAUGCGAAUUAUCUUAUUUUGUUAACUUUUUUUUACUGCUCUAUUGUUGGAGAUCACGAAUUCGAUCCCUGGUGAUGCCACAGCCAUCCGUAAGUGGGAGUACACUAGGUCAUUACUGUGUUCUCUCGCUCUCUGGGUGGGUACUUAACACUCAGCAUGAUGCCAGCCAACUUGGCUAACAAAUUUAGCAGUUAGCAUUAGCAGGUAGCAGUGGGUGACUGAGGAAGACCGAGCUAAUUGGCCAAUGAGUGGAUUUGGAAAGAGAAAAAAGUGGAUAGAAAGCAAAAUAAAACUUUUACACGCA